AUGUCAAGGGUCGAAGAUUUCUUGGAGCACUUGUGUCAGCCAAUCGAUAAAUUGGAGAAAAAAGCAGGUUACACCAAAAAUGACAUUUGAUGAUUUUUAUUAGGGUGUCCCAUAAGUCUUGCAAAUUUUUGGGUCGUCGACUUGUGCGAAUUCUUGUAAGCUUUGAAACGCAUCACGGAGUAUGUUCGAUGUACUGGUUUGAAGCUCAGAUAAAGUGCUUCUAAAUCGUAUUUGACAAGGCCACAUAAGGUCACCUGCUACCCACACUACCCCGAUAUUGUACUAGACAUUAAGAAAAAUUUUGCCUGCUGAUUUUAAACUGGAUAUAUGCUUUGUAAAAAUUGAUCGGUUGGCCCACUAAACGUGAAAAUAGGACGCAUGAGAGCUUUGGAUCUUAUUCUAGUCCGUGUUGGGAUACAGGCAUGGGUACUUUUGUGGUGGUUUAGCCAACAUGAAAACUGUUGCACUCAUGUUUUUCUGACCUAGUAUUUCGAAGGUAGAACGUUCUGGCCGUAGCUGCGCAUCGUGUGUAAUCUACGCUUGCUUGUGAACAUAACGCAGCUGUAAUUACCGCCUGUAUCAGUUUUUUGCUUUGAGAUAUACAAAAUUCAAAAUUUUCCCGAUUAUUUUUAAAAUUUACGGAAGAAUUAUAAAAUUGAGUGUUUUUUCAGCUCCUAGCACCCGUAUCACAAAAUCCUUUUGCUAAGAUAAAAUACAUAUGUCACUGUUUAGAACACACUGCACUACAAUGUUGUUUGUAUCCAUGCCAACUUUUUUGCUGUUGAGUAAAUGCACCUCAUUUUUUCAAAUUUUCUUGGGUUAGCGAUAAUUCAGAACAAGGUAGCCAACGGAUCCGUGCUUAAAACGCAUAAAUGUAAUGCUAUUUUGAUUGUGGUAGCGGCGCGACCUGAGAAACCACCCUCAAAAAAUGUUAUACGCAAAAGUAUAUACAUCGUGAUAUUCUCCAUGGCGCCUGAUACAAGAAACCUACAGGACAGCUUCAUAAGAUCUAAUUCAGUGGAAAGCGCCGCUUAUUUAGAAACAGAGUACUCAGUAGAUUUAUUAGAAAGUGUGGUUGCAAGGGUUCAGCCUCACUUACCAAAGAACGGAAUCGUUUUCCUAACCCUUCCCAAAACUGGAUGAUAUUAAAGAACGUCGAGUAUUUGCCCGGAGGGUCCGUGUUUAGUUAAAAUUUUUAUGCUGUUAACAAGUGUAAGAGACGGUAGUUCUAACAGUACCAAACAUUAAGCAGUACAGUUCUCUAGGCCCUCGAAAUAAAGCGUUAGUUCUUAAACCCAAAAAUUUGCAAGACUUAUGGGACACCCUAAUACUAAACGUUUAUGCUUUCUCAGUCAUUUUUUAGAACGGCACAUUUCGUAAAUUCAUCGCUGCCCUACAAUACAUCUGUCUUCUAUUGCAUGUGUACGCACAGAUUCUACAGUAAGUCACCGUUUUAAUAGUAUUUAAUAAUAUAUGAGGCUCUGUACAACUAAACCAUUUGUUAGCAGUAAAAUCUUCAUAAGUUGCAAGAGAAAGUUUUGCGGGGAAAGUGAACCUCCGCACAUUAAAAAAUUUCUAUAAUGAACAAGUUUUUGGCCCGCUUACAAUUCGUUGUCCAUUGAGUUAACCGUAUAAAAGCACUUUCAAUAUUCAGAUACAUCUUCAUCGUCUCCUACAUCUACUACGGUGACUACUUGACCGCAAUAGCGCCAACCGUUUGUUGUAUCGCCUACAUCAUCACAUAUAUUGGCUCAUGGCGGCGCAUUCGUUUUCUGCUGAUACCUAACGUUGUCGCAGACUUACUGGUCCCCUUCUUCUAUACGUAUGUUGCUAUUGCAUUGUUCGUUGAGGCCGGAAGUGAUCAGGUCAGUCGAUAUUUCGCUGGAAACACUUCUGGCGAACUUCAACUUACAGCAUUGUUUUUACUGACCUGCUCCGUCUCGCAAUGGCUGUUUCUGUUCGUGUUGUAUCGGGAUUACUUUUGGAUCAAACAUAAUAAACUAUAA